AUGGAUCUAGAAAGAGCAGAGCAGCAGAUGGCUGUGGAAGAGGCAAUGGGUGGUGGAUACGAUCUAGAUAUCUUUGCUGAAAAUCCAGAUGAUGACCUUCUCUGUUCAAUAUGCCGCGGAGUACUGCGCUGUCCGGUCAUGGUGUCCUGUAGUCACAUCUUCUGCAGGAAAUGUAUCUUACAAUGGCUAAAGAGGCAGCAGACCUGUCCCUGCUGUAGAACGGAGGUGAAGGGCAAACUAUUUGUGCAGAUGCACAAGCUAAAGAAGAGAAUCAACCGCCUGCAAGUCAAGUGCCCCAAUGAAGCAAACGGAUGUCCCGCCACCUUUCCUCUGUCGCGGACCGAAGAGCAUGCGGAGAGCUGCGCCUUCAGGCUGCUUUGUUGCUCCAACGAGGGCUGCCCCGCAGAGGUCCUGCGGAAGGACAUUUGCGAGCACAGCCAGAGCUGCCAGUACUGGCGCGAUAUGUGUCACAUGGGCUGCGGAACCCUGCUGACGCCCGAAAACCGAGAUGAGCAUAACUGCUACAUGGAGCUGAAGGAGCAGUACAACAAGCAACUGCACAAGCUGCGCCAGAAAGCCCGGCGGAUCGAGAGUCUGACGUCCCAGAUGAGCCGACAGAUACAGCUACUCAGCGAGGGGCUGGAGGGGGUGCAAACUACCGCCGCUUCGCAAGAGACGCAAUAA